AUGGUUCAGAAAGCUUUUGGUAGAUGUGAUCCCUCCACCUGUGCUAUCCUUUACAAACUCUACGUGAGACCCAUACUGGAGUUUGCUGGCCCUGUGUGGAGUCCUUCAUUGAGUAGAGACUCGGCAUUGUUGGAGAGCGUCCAGCGACGGGCAACUCGUUUGCCCUACGGCAUCUUACGUCCCAGUUAUGGUGAAAGACUGUCCAUCAUGAAUCUGUCCACGUUUGAUGACAGGAGGCUGCGUGGUGAUCUCAUCAUUACUUUUCGUGCUCUUCACAACUUUUUUGGAGUUGACCUCAGUGGUCUCUUCAAGUUGAACCUGGACGACCGUCUGCGAGGUCACGCUUUCAAGCUGAGGAAGGAAAGUUUCAAGACAUCCCAAAGACAGUUCUUCAUCACAAACCGCGUGUUUACCGUUUGGAACUCUUUACCUUCAUCGGUGGUGAACUCAGUUUCUGUGAACUCUUUUAAAAACAACUAUGACACCUGGUUUCGUCGCGACCGAUCAUUCCAAGUUUUUGUAACAGAGAAUGCUAAAAAAUUGGAAGAAUUGAAACAGAUAAUUGGACCGUCUUUCCCCAUAGAUAUUAUAAGCUCUAAGAUUGAUUUACCGGAGUUACAAGGAGAGAUAGAUGAAAUUUGUAAAAAAAAAUGUUUGGAAGCUAGUUCAAUGGUGAAAGGUCCAGUAACUGUAGAAGAUACGUGUCUCUGUUUCAAUGCUCUCAAAGGAUUACCUGGUCCAUAUAUUAAAUGGUUUUUAGGUAACUUAGGACCCGAAGGGUUAUUUCGACUUUUUGCAGGUUUUGACGACAAAACUGCACAAGCUAUAUGUACUUUUGCAUAUCAUUCAGGUAAUGCACUUGAAGAAGUUGUAUUAUUCAAAGGAAUUACUGAUGGUACGAUUGUAAAUCCAAGGGGGUCUAGAGAGUUUGGAUGGGAUCCUUGUUUUCAACCUGAAGGCUUUAACCAAACUUAUGCUGAAAUGCCAAAAGAAGAUAAAAAUAAAAUAUCUCACAGAUUUAAGGCUUUAGAUUUUCUUAGAAAUUAUUUCACUAAAGAAUCAAAUGUAAUUAAAAUCUGAAAUACAUGAAAUAUAAUUAGAGAAGUGUGAGUUUCUUCAAAUGAAAAAGCACAACAUUUUUUGAUGCUAUCCCUGAAAAAAUCAUCAUUGCAAAAUUAAGUUUUUGAAAGAAUUAAAUCUUUAGAAAUAGACAUGUCCUCAAUAUUUUUAUUGUAGUUAACUAUGAUAUUCUAGGUAUUUUAUCAUCAGAGUAGGUAUCAGAGGAAAA